AUGAGCGUUUUCGGAUCAUCUUUGCGUUUUUCUAUUGUAUCUCAAAUUCAAAUGACUCGUGCUUUUUCGCCAUUCAAUGUGUCACUCAAUGUCAAUGUACAACUCGAUUUCCUAAAAAAAAAUAUGUAUCAUACACAAGGAGGUCAAUCAUCGAUCGAGGUGUUUUUCUUUCUAUCGGGGUUACAUGUUUCUCGUUCCCCUUUUGAAUAUUAUCUUUUACAAACCGUGCCCAAUACAGGCAGAAGCUAA